AUGCUUUUAAGUCAUAUUACUCUUCCAGAGGCUGCUGCUUUGGUGGACAAUGCCGAGGCGAAGAUACUUCGCAAAAAAGACGAAUUGUCGCGAAUCCCUGGAGUGUCAUACUUAACAGAAGACAAUGCAUACCUACGCACCAGCGAGGCUGAUCCUUGGGACCUGUUGGACUCUGUUGACGUCAUAGCAAGGCUUCCAGCCGAUUCUAGCACUAAUAUCGAGAGCAAGAAGGGGACGGAGAGAAGGGAUGCGCUAAUGGCAUUCUUGGAUCAUCUCACUGCCAAUCCCAGACUGCAUCCUAAGGCAUCGUACGGGGAACACAUCUCGCUUUUGAAAAGGAUAAUCGAAAAAGAUGCCAAUAUCAAUGUCGCCGCCCUUGCCACUACGUGCAUGAAAUGCGUUGCUGACGGUCUUCGCAAAAAGGUUUCCGUGCCCCAACUGCUAUAUCUAUUUUCAACCAAGAUGAAUUUCCGGUUUGCUCCACAUGCUCCAGCAGUGUACCAGUGA